CAAUGAUUCUCCUAAUCACCUGAGUCGUGAUGGCGUUUUCGAUGCAAGCGCCGACCCGGAUGGCGCCUUCCAAAAUAUCAACAGUUCAGUUGAUAGGAGACUGCCGCAAGGCCGCCAAAGAAAAGAAAUGGGACCUCGCCUUGCAGUUGAUAGAGGCAGCUCUGCACAGCACUGGUACCGAAACCCAAUCCCGCACCACUAUCCUCGACACGCGUGUUGCCGUCUAUCUGCGGAUGGACAAGCCUGAUCUCGCAUUGAAAGAUGCCAAGGCUAUGAUCCGCAACGACCGUACCGAUGGUCGAGGUUAUAUUCGCUGCGGCCAGAUCGAGAUUGGGAGAGGCAAUGCAACAGCUGCCGCAAGCUUCUACAAGCACGGCCUGAAAUAUGUACCGACAUCGAGCCAGCAGUUCGAGACCAUCUCUACGGCACUGAGCAAUGCGCGGGAGCAAAUUCGUGUUGCAACCAUGAACUCCAAGCCAACAGAUCCUAUGCGAACUCUGCCAUUAGAGAUUGUCGGGACCAUUCUUUCAUUCGUCUCGUACAAACAGCAUGUACGCAUGCUCCGUGUUUGCAAGGCUUGGAAUAGGCUGCUUCGCGGCUUGCGACCGUUAAUUGACACUCUGGCGUUUCCGAAGCCCAGCAAGGACGUCACCCCCCGAAUGCUACAUGCGGCGCUCAGACGGCUCAAAUGUCCUACUGCAGUCUACGUCAGAGGCCUGCACGAAUCGGCGUCUAGAAUACUCGCAGAUCGGAUGCAAUGUUGGCAGAAUUUUCAGAAUCUCUCAGCCCUCGAAGUUCAGGACAAGGUGCUCGCUCCCUGGAAGCUACCACUUUCCAAGUAUGGCCUGACGAGUAUAAAAUUCGGUCCUUCCACCGCGAUACCUAUUUUGUUCGUUCGCGACAUCCUUCGAGACUGUCCUAGCCUGGAGACAGCCCAGUUCGAAAACGUGACCAAUCCACGUGGCGAGAUGCAUUGUGACCUUGUUCUGGAAGGCGGAAAGCUGCAGCACCUUGUCCUCGGCACUCCGCCUUUGCGCUGCAACGCAGGAAAGUUGUUUUCUCGAUUGCUGCAAUUGCAGACACUUUCAUUGGGUGGCUUGAGGUCGCGAGAAUGUUUCGAUCUCCGUCCUAUGGAACAGCUAGAGGCCUUGAAGAUAGCCUGUGCCGGCAUGGCUUCGAUCUGUCUGCCUCCAUCUCUCAAGGUGCUGACCUGCUGUGAGAGUUACGCUUCCUCAGUGGAUCCGGAGGAACCAUUCCCCGAGACUUAUCUUCCAAUUUUGGAAAGCUUGACCAUGGAUGAAUGUGGUGAUAUGCCAUGUCUUCUCUCAGGAAGAGUUGCUGUUGAGAAGCUUUCGAGAUUGAUCUGGAUCGUGGAACCGCGUUUUGCGACAUUCUCGUUCUCCUUGUUCAAGACGCUGUUGGAGCAAAGCAGGCUCAGCGGUGUCCGACAGCUUCAUCUGAAACUGGGAGAUAUUAACGACAGCCUCAGCUCCUUGUUCGCCCGAGGCUUACCGAACCUCGAGGAGUUGUGCCUCGAAGAAGCCAUGAUCACGGGCGUGCUCAUCUCAGAUCUCAUCCAGGGGAACCAGAAAAUUCGCAAGAUAAGCUUGGUCCAGUGUCCGAAGGUGUCUGGCGACAUCGUCCCUUGGGCGAGAAAGCGAGGUGUAGAUGUUGAACUUGUACGGCAGCGUACGGAAAAGGGCCGGAGAGUCCGCGAGGCAGAAUAGAUGGAACUGGGAGGAAAACAAUGAGUGAUGAUUAAUGAGAGUCUUUGCAAUGACCGGGGGAGUAAUUGGCAAGAUUCAAAUGUUUUGUUUACAAAACUGCACAAGCUAUACUAGAUGAUAUGUGAAACGCUUAAUCGCAUUGAACGAG